CGCAGGGGUUCCUGAGAGAUGCGCAGCAAAUGCAGGUACGACGAAAUGCAGCGCACAUGACGUGCAGAGGAACCGAGUGCUGAUUCGCGCGGGUUAGUAGAAGCACGAACGCGACGCAGUAAACUACGACUCCUUCGCUGUGGGCCUGCACGCCCGAUCGCAGGGCAUUUCCGCCGUACACCCCGUCAUCAUGAUUCCAGGCGUUAUAUCUACAGGGCUCGAAUCUUGGAGCACAGAGGAUGAUUCACGGCAGUACUUCAGGAAGAGACUCUGGGGCUCGUGGUCCAUGAUGCGCGCGCUCGUCGUGGACAAGCCGAGCUGGAAAAAGCACAUAAUGCUGGACACAAAGACUGGACUGGACCCGCCGGGCAUCAAGCUGCGAGCUGCGCAAGGCUUCGACGCCACGGACUUCUUCAUCACAGGGUACUGGAUCUGGAACAAGAUCCUCGAGAACCUGGCGACAAUUGGAUACGACCCUACAAACGCCUUCACGGCUGCCUACGACUGGCGCAUGUCCUACAUGAACUAUGAGAGGCGCGAUCAAUACUUCACCCGCCUAAAGUCCCACAUCGAAAUCGCAGUUCGCGUCCAGAACAAGAAGGCCGUGCUCCUCUCGCACUCUAUGGGGUCGCAGGUCCUAUACUACUUCCUCCACUGGGUCGAAGCGGAAGGCUACGGAAACGGCGGGCCGGGCUGGGUAGAAGCGUACAUUGACUCAUGGAUCAACAUCUCAGGAUGCAUGUUGGGCGCCCUGAAAGGCAUGCCCGCCGUGCUCUCCGGCGAAAUGAAAGACACCGCGCAGCUCAACGCCUUCGCCGUCUACGGCCUCGAAAAAUUCCUCAGCCGCCACGAGCGCGCCGAGAUAUUCCGCGCUAUGCCCGGCAUCUCCUCCAUGCUCCCGCUCGGCGGCAACGCCGUAUGGGGCGAUCACACCGGCGCGCCCGACGACCAGCCCGGCCAAAACAUCUCGUACGGCAACUUCCUCCGUUUUGCACGGGAGUCCAACUCCUCCCUCACCAAGACCAACCUCACCGUCGAGGAGAGCUUUCCCUACCUCUACAAGAACAGCGAGCAGUGGUACAAGGAAAUGGUAAUGAAAAGCUACUCGCACGGCGUCGCCCACACUGCCCACGAAGUUGAAGACAACCAGCUCAUCCCCGCGAAGUGGAUCAAUCCCCUGGAGACACGCCUCCCGCUCGCCCCUAGUCUGAAGAUCUACUGCUUCUACGGCAUCGGCAAGCCUACCGAGCGCGCGUUUUACUAUCGCGAUGACCUCGAUCCGCUGAGUAAACUCAACGUUACGCUCGACACAAUGUUUAGCGGGAACGGCGGCGUGGAUCAUGGGGUUGUGCUCGGGGAGGGAGACGGGACCGUGAAUUUGCUGAGUAGUGGGUAUAUGUGCGCGAAGGGGUGGGGAAUGAAGAGAUAUAAUCCUGCGGGCGUGAAGAUUAAGACGGUUGAGAUGCCGCAUGAGCCGGAUCAGUUUAGCCCGAGGGGUGGGCCAAAUACUGGCGACCACGUCGACAUCCUCGGCCGCUCCUCGCUCAACGACCUCAUUCUGCGCGUUGCUGGUGGACAGGGCGAACAAAUCGAGGAGACAAUACAUUCUAAUAUCAGGGAGUAUGCGGAUAAAGUAAAGAUCUAUGAGGAGGGUGAGGAGGGUGAGCGCAGGCGUGUGCCGCCUUGAUCUUGGUAACCUAUCUUACCACUUUGAUCGUAAAUUAUGGAGCUGAAGUGAAGAUGUAAUGACUUUUGCCGAGGACGGCGCGGCGUUUGUAUAGACUACUCUGCCCACGCGUGGUGGGCGAUUUUGAUACCAUUUAGACAGACGACGGGGUGUUUGUUUUACGUACACCACAACCUACGUGCACUGUCGUUCAUCCCGUGUGCUUUGAGUUGGGCGAGAUGCAUGUAAGCGGCGUUUCUGUCGCACAGAUCUAAAACCC